CAACCAACGAAUUAUUAAUUUUCCAUUCUUGGAACAGGCAAAAUCUAAACCGAAAACAUUUUUGAAAAUUCAAAAAGUUCGCUAGUUUUUGUUCCGAUUUAGAAUGACAAGGAUUUUCUCCCGGGCCUGAGAUCUUUGAGGAAUCACAAUGGGCACCGUUCAAGCAAAGGAAAAACAGACGAUGGUCCGGAUGCCCGUGGAGCAAUCGCCGGUGCUGGAUUUCAAGAAAGAGGUCCGAGUGGACAAGGUCAAUGUCACUGGUCUGAAGAGGACCAAGGAUGACUUCAUCGUGCCAAUUGUUCGCGACCUAUUCCAUGCCACAAAUUUUGGAGAUGUGCUGGUCAAGGCUGACAAAAUUCAUCGACGUCUCGAAAACCUGGAGUGCUUUAAGAAUGUUGAGAUUUUCAUCGACACCAGCAAAGGCCCAAAAGCCAGCUCAGACGGAAUUGAGGUCACUUUCGACGUGACAGAAAUGAAUUGGCUUCUGGGCAGCGUCAACGCCAUGGCAGGCUCCGAAGAGGCAGCUUUGGUUGUCGGGGCAAGAACUCCCAACAUUCUAGGGCGAGGAGAAAAGGUGCAGCUUGAGUACACCCACAGCAACACGCACAACACCAACAUGGCCUUGUCCUUCUCAAAACCUUUGGUGCAAUUGAAGACUGAUGCAAAAGUCAAGUCUUCCAUUUACCAGUCCCAUGCAUCUUUUGGAGCUUCUGGGUUCAACGAGCAAGACCGUGCCAUGAAUAUGGCUUUUGAGUUCAACUCGGCUCCUAAUGUUCGACACAAUUUGUUAUUGGAGUCGGUGUGGCGUUAUUUGGACUCGACGGCGCGCACUGUUCCCAUGGCCGUACGAGAGCAGAACGGCCACUCGAUGAAGAACUCCCUCAUCCACACCAUCACCAUGGACAGACGCAACAAACCCGUCUUCCCUUCAUCUGGCACACUGAUUGACAUCACAACCGAGUUUGCCGGUCUUGGAGGGGACGUCGGCUUCAUCAAGAAUGAGAUUAAAAUGCAGGCCAACGUCAGCCUUUUCAAAGACUUCGUUCUUCAAGGAACCCUUCAGAAGGGCCUGUUGAGUGAAUAUUCGGAUAACAAGACCUCGCACAUCUGCGAUCGUUUCUUCCUUGGAGGGGCCACGUCUGUGCGUGGAUUUGAAUUCCGAGGUCUGGGACCACAUGAAGAUGGCAUUUCCUUAGGAUCAGAGCUCUACUGGGCUGCGGGUCUCCACCUCUACGCCCCUUUGCCAUUCAAAGUUUUUGAGCGCAACUUUGGCGAUUUCUUCCGAACACACCUUUUUGUCAAUGCUGGAAACCUUGGCAAAUUUGACUCUGGAGUUGACUACCGAGAGUUCUUCAAGCAAAUGAUUGCCAGUGCCAGAAUGUCGUGUGGCGCCGGUCUUGCUGUGAGAAUAGGCUCUGCGGCCCGCUUCGAAAUCAACUAUUGCGUGCCUCUGGCUGUCCAGUCAGGAGACAGACCUUUGAAAGGUUGCCAAAUUGGUGUGGGUCUUAGUUUCCUUUGAAUGGUCAAUAGCAUAAAGCAGUGACGAAAGCAGUCUGGUUUAGCAAAUUAAUAUGAUGAUUUUAUAGGACAAGAAUGCAAUGUGUUUUCAUUUCUGCCAAUAGAUUGUUCAAAAUAUCACAGUUCAUUAAAUUAUGGUUGGGGGGAGGGGGAUGCUUUGUAGAGAAAACGGUAGUUUGUGUGGCGUCUACUAAAGUGAACUUUCAAAAGCAUAACCUCCUAUGUUAAAAUUAAACACGCGCCUUCUUUCCCUUCAAAAGCAUCGCUGUUAUUUUAUUUUAAACCAAUUUAAUUUGAACACAAUGUUAAAAUCAAAUCGAGGCUGCAAGAUUUAGAUGCUAGUCGAGAGGGGCUGGAUGUUCUUGGUUGUUCAUAUUAAAUAUGUUAAUUACGCUUAUUUUAAAAUCCUCUUUGCUAGUGUCGUCUCAAUUUUUUUGAGAACUGAUUAUUUAGCAAAUUUUGCGGUAAAUACAGUAAAGAAGUUGUUACGAAAAAUUAACCCUAAAUCUCUUCAAUCACAAAUGCUGAAUUACCACAAUAAAAAUAUUAUAAGUGAGAAAAA